AUGUUCCUGAACACCUGGUACAUCAGUACCAUCAGCUGCAUGUUCCUGGUACACCUGGUACAUCAGUACCAUCAGCUCAUGUUCCUGGUACAUCAGUACCAUCAGCUCAUGUUCCUGAACACCUGGUACAUCAGUACCAUCAGCUCAUGUUCCUGGUACAUCAGUACCAUCAGCUCAUGUUCCUGGUACAUCAGUACCAUCAGCUGCAUGUUCCUGAACACCUGUACCAUCAGCUGCAUGUUCCUGGUACACCUGGUACAUCAGUACCAUCAGCUCAUGUUCCUGGUACAUCAGUACCAUCAGCUCAUGUUCCUGAACACCUGGAGGGAGGGACUUCCUCCCCCUAAGAGGGAGGGACUGCCUCCCCCCAGGAGGGAGGGACUUCCUCCCCCUAAGAGGGAGGGACUGCCUCCCCCCAAGAGGGAGGGACUUCCUAACCCCAAGAGGGAGGGACUGCCUCCCCCUAGGAGGGAGGGACUGCCUCCCCCCAGGAGAGAGGGAUUUCCUCCCCCCAGGAGGGAGGGACUUCCUAACCCCAAGAGGGAGGGACUUCCUAACCCCAGGAGGGAGGGACUGCCUCCCCCCAAGAGGGAGGGACUUCCUCCCCCAAAGAGGGAGGGACUGCCUCCCCCCAAGAGGGAGGGACUUCCUCCCCCAAAGAGGGAGGGACUUCCUCCCCCCUGA